AUGGAUGAGUAUGAAGAUUAAAAGGAUGAGAAUGCUGAUAGGCAACUGAUUCAUGAUUUCAACUUUUAUAUAAGUGAAGAUGGUAUAAAGCACAUAUCAUAAGCAGACUAUCACACAAGAUUUAGGAAUAUUCUAUGGACAAGUGACAUAAAUCAAGAAUUGCCUAUUAAAAUGGCAAAAGAAGGCUUUGGAGGAGAGAUUCCAUUAACAGUGCCAACUAAUUUCUUCAAAUAAAUUGAGCUCUUUAGAAACGAAAUUUGUAUGUAAAUGAAAAGAAGAGUCACAGGAAUAAAUGAUGGAGAAUAUGUAAUGGUUCAAUAUAAUUGGUAAUAAUUCUAUGAUAAAGCCAUGCUAUUCGCUAAGACUUUGCAUCAUUUUGGCAUAAAAGAACGUACUACAAUAAGUAUCAUGGGAUAUAAUAGCCCAGAGCACUUUAUAGCAAUGAUGGGAUCAUUCCUUGCUAAUUGUGUUAUAACAGAGAUAUACAUUACAAAUGGGGCUGAGGCAUGUCAUUAAUAGGUGAUACAUUCAAGGUCUAAAUUGAUUGUUUGCGAUACUUUGGCAACAUAUAAGGAGAAGUUUUUACCAUAUAAGGCAGACUAUUUAGCAAAAGGUAUUAGAAGUGUGAUUUUAUUCGGUGAAUUAAGCUAUGAGAGGACAUUUAGCAAAAAGAAAGGAGAGAUUAGAAUUUACAAUUGGACUUAGGCUUUAUCUUUUGGCGAAAAUGUAGAGAAUUAAGUUAUAUUUAGAAGGUUAAAAGAUUAAGAACCUGGCUAAUGCUGCAAUUUAGUUUAUACAAGUGGUACUACUGGCGAUUCAAAAGGUGUGAUGCUUUCACAUGACAAUAUGACUUGGUAUUGGUCAGUUUAAAAUAAACUUCUUGAGCAUAAAGGAAUACCAGACUAUAGAACUCAAGUAGUCCAUCAAGUUUGCUAUCUUCCAAUGUCGCAUAUUACUGCAUAGAUGAGUGAUUUCAUGAGAUUGAUUUGUUAUAAUUAGCCCUUACUUUUAACAUUUGCUUAACCAGAUGCUUUAAUGAGUGCAACAUUAGUAGAAACUUUGAGAGAAGCGAGACCAACAGAAUUUUUAGCAGUUCCUCGUAUCUAUGAAAAGCUGAGAGAUAUAAUUAAAGAUUAAAUGAGAGAAUCUUCAUAAAUAAGGAAAUCACUAUUUAAAUGGGCUAAGGAAAAAGGGUAUUAAAAUAUUCUUGCGAGAUAAGAAAAUGAACCAUCACCUUUUGGAUAUAAUUUGUCUAAGUUUAUGAUUCUUAAUAAAAUUAAGAAAGAGCUUGGUCUCGACAGAAUUGAGAAGCUUUAUUAUGGAGCAGCUCCAUUAAGUGAUAAAGUAAAGAAAUUCUUUGCUUCCUUAAAUAUGCCACUUAUAAAUAUGUAUGGGUUGAGUGAAUCUGCUGCUGCAACAACAUAUAUGGAGGAUGCCAAUAUAAGAUUACACAAAGCAGGGAAAACAUUCCCUGGAACACAAAUGAAAGUAUUUAAUCCAGAUGAGCAAGGAGUUGGAGAAAUCUGCCUAAAAGGAAGGAACAUAUUUAUGGGUUAUCUUGACAAUGAUUAAGACUCAUAAGAAGUAUUUGACGGAGAGGGAUAUUUUCAUACUGGAGAUAUGGGUUUCAUUGACUAAGAUGGCUUCUUGGAAAUCACUGGCAGAAUAAAAGAGUUAAUUAUUACAGCAGGAGGUGAAAAUGUAUCACCCCUAUAAAUUGAAAACUAACUUAGAGAAAACUGUCCUCUCCUUAGAUAGGCAGUUGUUAUAGGUGACGAAAGAAAAUUUUUGAUAGCACUUUUCACAUUAAAAGUGAAAUUUGAUGUUUAACUUGGAAAGCCAACUAAUGAACUUGCUCCAGAAGUCCUUAGUUAUAUAUAAACUUUAAAUUCAAAGGCUAGAACAACCAGAGAGGCAGGGGAAGACCCAAACGUAUUAACGUUUAUAUAGAAAUGUGUUGAUUAAGUUAAUUCUAAAGCAAUAUCUAGAGUAAAUCAAAUAAAAAAGUGGAAGGUAUUGGAUAAAGACUUUAGUAUAGAUGGAGGAGAGCUGACACCUACUAUGAAAGUUAAAAGAAAAUACAUAGCUAAGAAGUAUUAGGAUGUAAUUGAUCAAAUAUUUCAUGAACCUAAAUUAUGA